UUGUGUUCGUGUAUAUAUGAAUCCAAACUAGUCGUCAAAGCUAGAGAUUUUAUUAUCUUAUAACAAUAAAGUGGUCUCUCUCUCGCGGCCGGCGAGCGAGCUAACGGCGGCCGGCCGGCGGGAACUGAUGAAGAUUGGGUGCGACGCGUGCGAGCAGGCGGAGGCGGCGGUGCUGUGCUGCGCCGACGAGGCCGCGCUGUGCCGCCGCUGCGACGCCGCCGUGCACUCCGCCAACAGGCUCGCCGGGAAGCACCACCGCGUCGCGCUCCUCCUCCCCGCCUCCGCAGCCGGUACCGUAGGGCCCUCGCCCGCCGCCGCCGCCGGCGACGACGUCCACCCCACCUGCGACAUCUGCCAGGAGAAGACAGGUUACUUCUUCUGCCUCGAGGACCGCGCGCUGCUGUGCCGCAGCUGCGACGUCGCCGUCCACACCGCCACGCCCCACGUCGCCGCGCACCGCCGCUUCCUCAUCACCGGCGUCCGCAUCGGCGACAGCGUCGACGCCACCGCCACCGCCUGCGCCGCUGACGACGUCAGCAGCAGCAUCGCGCCGGCUGGCUCGGCAAGCAGCAACCACGCCGUCGCCGGCGAUGGCCGGUCGCCUCCGCCGGCGCCGCCGCCAGCGGCGAGGUUCUCAGGAGACGAUGACAUUGAGCUGGAGCAGCAGUGGCCGUGGAGCGACGUCUUCGCCGACGACGAUGACGUCAGCGCCGCGGCCGCCAUGGAGCAGUGCUACGCUGGCAUGUCUGAACCUCACUCCUCUAGCCUCACUGGAUGAUGUCAGCUAACUUCAGUCCAGUGAGAUGUUGUAAUUUCAAUCAAUUGAUCCAACAGAAAAGAAUAUUUUAAUUGACAUCUUUUAACUCCAUAGAAAAAAGUGAUUAAUUAGUCCUAGAUACUUGGGGUCAUCAAAUUGGUAACUAUGUAAGAUGCAAUUGUGGGAUAUGUAGUUAUGUGCCAUAUAAAGGCAUAAAACAGUGUCAAAUUUGCAGAUGUUAAAAGAAGAAUCAAAUGUUCAGGAU